AUGAGCGAGAAGCGGCCAUUCUUUGAAGAUCAGAGCUUCACCACCCCAUCACCACAGCAAAAGAUACCAAGAGUUGAAGCAGCCACCGAUGAAUUGCCACAACCCGAUACAACCGAACCCGACAUUCCUUUGCCUUCCUUGACACAACCACCACCACCACCGCUUGUACAACAACAGCAUUCACAACUUCCCCUCUUCCGAUCCAUCGUUGGCGAUGAGCAAACGGAUGCCGAGUUGAACAACCUUCUCAAUAUCUGCAACGGCGAUCUUCAAAUGGCCAUCAAUGCCUAUUACUCAAAGAAGGAUACUUCGACCAGCACCACCACUACGACGACUACUACUACUACUGCUGCUGCUGCGCCAUCACCAGACUUGCUUUAUUUUGGAGAUGCUAUUAUCAAAGGGUGGUCUACCAUGUCUGGUAAAUGCCCUGUCAAGGAAGGUGAUGCUGUGAUUCUGGAGCGAUCCAAGCAAGUGGAGGAAUCAGGAUCUCGUUUCGGCAGAUACGGCAAACGACGUGAGAACACCAUUGUACGUUUUUCAAGCGAAUCAGGACGUGAGAUUGGACGUGUCGAUACAUCAGAGGCACGCUACAUUUCAAAAUUACUCGACCUCGGCAUUUGUGCAUUUCGUGCAUCGAUUGUCAUUUGUCCUUAUCACUUAUCCACCGCCAACGACAUCUUUCUUCAUGUGCAAUGUUACUUUACCACCAAAGCAUUCGACAAUGAACCCAUCAUGACAGGCUCACCGGAUCAUGACGAUGAAAGAUCAUACAAGGAUCGGACAUUGGCAUUACUAAGCAUCAUGCGAAAGACAAAUUUGAAAGCAACAAAGUCCACCGUACGACGCAUCAACAUGAAAACGGGCGUCGAUGAUGAUGAGACCUAUGAUAUGAUCACCCAAUCCAUCGCCAACGGUUCUUUCAUGACAAGACAACCCAAAGAGGAUGAGGAGGAUCCUGAUGCUCCUGAAGAAAAAGAAGUCUCGAAUGAGCAGUUGGAUAUGAUUUAUGGAAAAGCACAGUUCUAUGACGACCAAAUUUCACCCAUGGAGAAUCCAGAGACAAUGGCGAUUGAAUUGAAACCUUAUCAGAAAAGAGCUUUGGCUUGGAUGGUGGAUAUUGAAUCACACAAGGAAGCGGAUGAAAUGCGACGUAUGCAUCCAUUAUGGGAACAAUAUGAAUUAUCACAAGGUGAAAAUGGCGCCGAUGCACCUCGACACUUUUAUUUUAAUCCAUACAACGGCAAGUUGACUUUGGAAUUCCCAGAAACGGAUUCUCAAGAACGAGGAGGCAUCUUGGCUGAUGAAAUGGGCCUGGGAAAGACAAUCGAGAUCUUGAGUUUGAUCCAUCAAAACCGCUACAUACCCAAUAUCACCGCUAUUCCUUCCGAUCCUCAAGCAUCCCCUACUACGCUGGUCGUAUGUCCAAUGACGUUAUUGGCUCAAUGGCGUGAUGAAUUGACGCGAGCUUCAAAACCGGGUUCCAUCCGUGUGGAAGUUUACUAUGGCGAGAGCAAAGGAGCAAACACAAUAGACCAAUUAUGCCGCUGGGACGGCAUGGCGCCCGAUGUCCUUGUCACCACCUAUCACACCGUGAUGGCCGAUUGGAACAGUGUUGAUAGCUUUUUAUACAAAGUAUCCUUCUGGCGCGUUGUUUUGGAUGAGGCACACACCAUCAAGAAUCGCCUUAGCAAGACAUCACAGGCAUGUUGUGCUUUAAAGAGUACAAGACGAUGGGCCGUUACAGGCACUCCUAUCCAGAACAAGCUGGAUGAUCUUUUUUCAUUGGUGCGAUUCUUGAAGCAUGAGCCAUGGGCGAAUUACACCUUUUGGCGAACCUUCAUCUCGAUUCCUUUUGAGAAAAAGAAUAUCCAUGCGCUCAGUGUUGUCAAGGCUGUCUUGGAACCUAUUGUUUUGAGACGUACCAAGAAUAUGACCGAUACCUAUGGCAACCCCAUGGUUCCGUUACCGCCACGAGAGAUCAAUAUCGAGUACCUCGACUUUUCGCCCCCUGAGCAAGACAUUUAUGACUCUUUGCAAGCGGAUUCAAAGACCAAGUUUGCCCACUUUUGUGCUGCCGGCAAAAUCCUCAGCAACUAUGCAUCCAUCUUUCAGCUUCUUAUGCGAUUACGACAAGUGACAUGUCAUCCUUAUCUUGUAUUACGCAAGAAUGAUGAUAAUAUACAAACCAAGGAUGGUGGCAUCACGACACUGGAUUCUUUGAUCGAGCGAUACUCUUCACAAGGCGAUUACAGCAUGUCGGUCCUAAAAAAGUUGAUGGCAAAACAAUCUGGGGAGACUGUGGAAGAUUCAGAAGCGGAUGAAUGUCCUCUUUGUCUCGAUGUUGCCGACUCCAAGAUUAUGUUACCGUGUAUGCAUAUGUUUUGUCGUGAAUGCUUAAUGACGUAUUUCGAGAGAAAAGAGGCAAAGGGUGAAGCCUAUGAAUGUCCAUCAUGUCGCAAACAAGUUGAGCAAGCGGACUUACUCGAGAUCACCAAUACCACCAAUACAUCAGGUGAUGAUGAUGCUUCGACGUCCUUGGAUAUUCGACAAGCUGUAGGAGGAUACCGAUCAUCAGCCAAGAUUGAUGCCAUGAUUCGACAUAUUCGAGAUUAUCGCAAAGAAAAGCACAAGACAGUCGUAUUUUCACAAUUUACCGGUUUCCUCGACCUUAUUGAACUUGCACUGAAAAAGGAAGGCUUUUCAUUUGUACGGCUCGAUGGAUCUCUCUCUCAAUCACAACGUGAAAAUGUCUUGGCUGAAUUCGCCAACCCUAACAACAAGGUCAAUAUCUUGCUGAUCAGUUUGCGUGCAGGCGGUGUUGGUCUGAAUUUGACAUGCGCGACUCGGAUAUUGAUGAUGGAUCCUUGGUGGAAUUAUGCAGUGGAAGCACAAGCCAUUGAUCGUGUCCAUCGUCUAGGCCAGGAGAAACCCGUCGUCGUGACACGAUUCAUCAUGCGGGGAACAGUGGAAGAAAAGAUAUUGGCGAUCCAAAACCGAAAGCACGAGCUCAUCAAUCAACUAUACUCGAGCAAAGAAGAUGCCAAGGCUCAAAAGAUCAAUGAUUUACGAUUGUUAUUUGAUACUACACAAGAAUGA